AUGGCAUCCCGACCCAAUUUCCUCAUUAUCGUCGCUGACGACCUCGGGUUCAGCGAUUGCAGCUGUUUCGGUUCCGAAAUCAACACGCCUAAUAUCGAUUCUCUCGCCCAAGCUGCAGGGGGUCUACGAUUCACGUCAUUCCAUGUUGCGGCGGCAUGCUCGCCCACGCGCGCUAUGCUGAUGACGGGCACGGAUCACCACUUGACCGGACUCGGACAGCUGUCAGAGCUCGUGCGAAACUCUCCUGCUCACCAAGGUGCCCCUGGUCAUGAAGGAUACCUGACAGAUAAAGUGGUUGCCGUGCCCGAGCUGCUGCGUGAGGGCGGGUAUCACACUGUGAUGUCGGGCAAAUGGCACCUUGGUCUCAAGAAAGAAUAUGGUCCGCAUAUGCGCGGGUUUGAGCGGUCAUUUGCUCUGCUGCCAGGCUGUGCUAAUCACUACGGAUAUGAGCCACAGUACGAAAAUAUCGCGGAAGAGCCCCCUCGCUUCUUUGAGACAGCAGUAACAGCAUUGCAUAUGGAGGAUUCGAUGUACAUCAAUAAAUUGCCAGACGACUUCUAUUCAUCAGAUUACUAUGCCUCCAAGAUGAUCGACUUUCUGUCACAACGGUCUGAGGGUGACAAGUCCAAGCCAUUCUUCGCCUAUCUGCCCUUCUCUGCGCCACAUUGGCCCCUGCAGGCUCCGAAAGAGAACAUGGACAAGUACCGGGGUAUUUAUGAAGAUGGACCGGAAUCAUUGCGACUGCGCCGAUUGCAGAAACUCAAGGAUCUAGGUAUGGUAGCGCAGGACGUGGUGCCUCAUGAAAUUGUCACGGUCCCCGGGGAGCCCGAUGAGUGGAAGAACCUGACUGCCGAUGAACAGGCGAAGUCUGCUCGAUCCAUGGAGGCUUUUGCAGGUAUGGUCAGCCGCAUGGAUGACAACAUCGGGCGGGUUCUGGAAUAUCUGAAGAACACGGGCGAAUACGACAACACAGUCAUCUGCUUUAUGUCAGACAAUGGCGCAGAAGGCGCUAGCUAUGAAGCACAAGCUAUUGUUGGUGAUGACAUUGUGGCCCACAUUAACCGGUACUACGACAAUUCGCUGGAGAAUAUCGGCCGAGGCAACUCCUUUGUCUGGUAUGGAAGUCGUUGGGCGCAAGCGGCAACGGCUCCUUCGCGGCUGUACAAGAUGUUUUCGACGGAGGGUGGUUGCCGAGUUCCUUUGGUUGUGAAGCCGGUCGCCAACCAGAACCCCGGCGGUCGCAUUGUUGACUCGUUCUGUACGGUCAUGGACAUUGUUCCCACUAUCCUCGAGUAUGCCGGACUACAGCAUCCGGGGAGCACAUACAAGGGAAGAUCAAUUGCUCCUGUGCGAGGAGUCAGCUGGAAGCCAUUUUUGGAUGCAAUGGCAAGUGGCGGGUCGCAAACCAAUGGCGAUAUGCUGGCCAUCCAUGACGAAGAUCAUGUCACGGGCUGGGAAAUCGCGGGGAGCGGUGCGUUGCGAAAGGGUCGCUAUAAGAUCACAUAUGUGCCGCUGCCUCGGGGCCCUCAGAGGUGGGAGCUAUUUGACAUCAUUUCUGAUCCCGGUGAAACAAAUGACCUCAGCCAAAAGGCGCCGGAGCUGGUCAGCGAGAUGCUCAGACUGUGGAAUAUCUACGCUGAGGAAGUUGGCGUAGUCGGCCUGGCAGGGGAGUUGAAAGAGGGCAAACACCCUAUCACAAGUGUUCCGGACGAGUUUGAAGAUACUGGUCGCUGGAUCCGAUUCAUUGGCAAAAGCGAUGUCCCUAUACAAUACGCAGACAAGAUUCCGCAUUAG